ACAGAUAGAGGUGGGCAGAGGUGUGACUGAGUGGACACACAGGCAGCUGGGCUCCUGCCAUCUCUCACUUUUAUUGAGGGUCUCUCACAAAGAGAAGGGCUGAAAAGUGUAGCAGGAGUUUUUUUUAGGCGUAUAUAGGGGGGACAGUUUGCUCUUUUAAAAUUCUCAGGAGUUCUUCUCUUUUUAUUCUGAGCAGUUUAUCUGGAGGUUGUGAGCUGGGUGGAGUUCUCUUUGCCUCCGGGACAGUCCCUGCGGAGCUCGGGUUACCAUGCACAGGAUGGUGGAGGUUUGGGUCACCGUGCUGACACUGUCAGCUCUGACCGAGGGGGUGUUCGGGGGGUACGGGCUCAGCAUGUUCGCGGCUCAGUCCUCCCCUCCGGACCCGUGUUACGACGAGAACGGCAACCCGCGCAGAUGCAUCCCGGACUUCGUCAACUCCGCUUUCGGUAAGGACGUGCGGGUCUCCAGCGUGUGCGGGAGCCCCGCAGCCAGGUACUGCGUGGUGACCGAGAAGGGAGAGGAGAGGACCCGGGACUGCCACACCUGCGACGCCGGAGACCCCAAGAAGUCUCAUCCUCCCGCGUACCUAACGGACCUGAACAACCCGCACAACCUGACGUGCUGGCACUCCGAGAACUACAUGCAGUUCCCGCAGAACGUCACGCUCACUUUGUCUUUAGGGAAAAAGUUUGAGGUGACCUACGUGAGCCUGCAGUUCUGCUCACCCAGACCAGAAUCCAUGGCGAUCUACAAGUCCAUGGACUACGGCAAGUCGUGGGUGCCGUUUCAGUAUUACUCCACACAGUGUAAGAAGAUGUACAACCGGCAGAACAAAGCAGCGAUCACCAAACAGAACGAGCAGGAGGCGAUCUGCACCGACUCCCACACCGACAUGCACCCUCUGACCGGCGGACUCAUCGCCUUCAGCACCCUGGACGGGAGACCCUCCGCGCACGACUUCGACAACUCCCCGGUGCUGCAGGACUGGGUGACGGCCACCGACAUCAAGGUGAUCUUCAGCCGGCUGCACACCUUCGGGGACGAGAACGAGGACGACUCGGAGCUGGCGCGAGACUCCUACUUUUACGCGGUGUCGGACCUGCAGGUCGGGGGUCGCUGCAAGUGCAACGGGCACGCGUCAAAGUGCGUGAAAGACCGAGAGGGGAACCUGGUCUGUGAGUGCAAACACAACACGGCGGGACCCGAGUGCGACAGGUGCAAACCUUUCCACUACGACCGUCCGUGGCAGCGCGCCACGGCACGAGAGGCCAACGAGUGUGUCGCAUGCCACUGUAACCUGCACGCCCGCCGCUGUCGUUUCAACAUGGAGCUGUACAAGCUGUCGGGCCGGAGGAGCGGCGGCGUCUGCCUCAACUGUCGUCACAACACGGCCGGACGCCACUGCCACUACUGCAAGGAGGGCUACUACAGAGACAUGACCAAGUCCAUCUCUCACCGCAGGGCGUGCAAAGCGUGCGAUUGCCAUCCAGUCGGAGCAGCAGGAAAGACGUGUAACCAGACGACGGGCCAAUGUCCCUGCAAGGACGGAGUGACAGGAAUCACCUGCAACCGCUGUGCCAAAGGCUACCAGCAGAGCCGCUCUCCAAUCGCCCCCUGCAUCAAGAUCCCGGUUGCAUCUCCGACAGCAACUUACAGCAGCUACGAGGAGCCGUCAGAUUGUGAAUCUCACUGCAAAGCCUCCAAGGGAAAGAUGAAGAUCACCAUGAAGAAAUACUGUAAAAAAGAUUACGCUGUCCAAGUUCACGUUCUAAAAGGCGACAAGUCGGGCGAGUGGUGGAAGUUCACCGUCAACAUAAUUUCUGUCUACAAACAAGGUGACAACCGCAUACGCCGCGGCGACCAGCUGCUGUGGGUGCGCGCCAAAGACGUGGCGUGCAAAUGCCCGAAGAUCAAACCCGGGAGGAAGUACCUCCUCCUCGGCACGGACGAUGACUCCCCCGGACAGAGCGGCGUGGUGGCAGACAAGGGGAGCCUGCUCAUCCCUUGGAAGGACCUGUGGGGUCGCCGGCUGAGGAAGUUCCAACAGCGUGACAAGAGGGGGAAGUGCUAAAAGUGGCUUUAGAGGAGGGAGGGCGAUGGAGGC